AGCCGUUUCAGCCUUCGAGUUCGCGACAAUGCAGAAUCCGUUUAGCGUUACCGGCACGCCUGAUGGCGGCCAUCUGUCUAUCAUGCAGCAAUCAUAUUUUAUCAAUCGGGUCGGCUUCGCGCUCUGGGAGGCCGCCAUGCUCGCGCUCGCGUGGCUGUUCCCCGCGGCGAGCGCCGAGGUGUGCUUUGGAGCCCUUGGGCUGCCGUUGGUGGUAGCCGUGGCCGUGAAGGCGCAGGCGCCCGCGGCCGCGGGGCCGGCGCGCCUCGAGGCCCUCGACGACCUCGGGGAGGAGGGCCCUCGCCCAGGCGGGGAGCCCGCCUCCUGCGGGGUGCCGUCGCGGGCAGGGGGCGCGGCCGCCGCCGCUGUCCAGGUGG